UCAACAGACACCAAGAGUGGCGCAGACGAGCAUGCCGUACACCCUUAUACCGCACAGACAAAAGGAGAUAUUUAAAGACAUUCUCGAAUGACUUGUGAGGAAAGAUCGUUCUGUACUUUGAUUUAUUGUUAGCGACAGGCCAUGGCUGAGUUGAGUGCGCGUGCUGGGCUGUAAAACUGGUUCGUGGAGCCAUUCUGGUGACGUCACGAGCCGGGUGUUUGACGGGGUGGCUGCCGCAGCGCCAGGACUGGAGAGUGGAAAUGUGACCGACAAUGACCUCGACCACAGCCUGUGUUAGUGUUUCACUCUCAUCGUUUAGAAUUCAACACUUGUAAACACGCGGUUUUAUCCUCAAUGCUGCUUUUUUAAUAGAUAAAAUCCGUGCAUUUGGCGUAGGUCAUUAGCCACGAGCUUUGUCUUAUCUCGACAGCGCGUGUCUGUGUGUGCUUUGAGGCUCGCCUCCAACCUUAUUACCGUUACCGUGGGCUGUAGGCUUUUGCUUGGCAUUGAAAUAUGGAUAAGGCCAAAUCAGUGAUGGAUCAGAAAGGAUCGGGUCCUUGCUGCACAAACGGCAUGCACAAGCCACUGCGGCGACAGCUGAGCAACGGGAGCUGCAGCCCGUUCAGUCCGACGGACGAUGAUCACCACCACGACCCUCAAACCAACGGCUCCCCGGCGAAGAGGUGUCGGCUGCGGAGGCGAAUGGAGUCAGUGAGGAAAAACCGACCGCCCUUUCCAUGGUUUGGAAUGGACAUCGGUGGUACUUUAGUAAAGCUUGUUUACUUCGAGCCAAAAGACAUCACUGCAGAAGAGGAGCAGGAGGAGGUGGAGAAUCUGAAGAGCAUACGCUGGUACCUCACCUCCAACACGGCCUAUGGCAAAACCGGUGUCCGUGAUGUACACCUGGAGCUACGCAACCUGACAAUCUGCGGUCGCACAGGGAACCUGCACUUUAUCCGCUUCCCCACCGCUGCCAUGCACAAAUUCAUCCAGAUGGGCAGAGAUAAGCACUUCUCCAGCCUGCAUACCACACUGUGCGCCACUGGCGGCGGGGCAUACAAGUUUGAGAAUGAUUUCAGAACGAUGGCAGACCUAGAGCUGCUGAAGUUGGAUGAGCUUGAUUGCUUAAUCCAGGGGCUGCUGUACAUAGACUCUGUCGGUUUUAACGAUCAUCCUGAGUGCUAUUUCUUUGAGAACCCCUCUGAUACACAGAACUGCAUCAAGAAACCCUGUUGUCUUGACAACCUUUUUCCCAUGUUGCUGGUCAACAUUGGCUCGGGCGUCAGCAUUCUGGCAGUCUAUGCAAAGGAUGAUUACAAGAGAGUGACAGGCACCAGUCUUGGUGGAGGGACGUUUUUGGGACUUUGCUGCCUGUUGACGGGUUGUGAGACGUUUGAAGAAGCCCUGGAAAUGGCCAGCAAAGGGGACAGCACCAACGUGGACAAACUGGUGAAGGACAUCUAUGGAGGGGACUACCAACGCUUCGGCCUACAAGGGUCUGCUGUGGCUUCAAGCUUUGGGCACAUGAUGAGCAAAGAGAAGAGGGAGAGUAUUUCUAAAGAGGACUUGGCCCGAGCCACGCUCGUCACAAUUACAAAUAACAUUGGCUCCAUCGCACGCAUGUGUGCAGUUAAUGAGAAAAUCGAGCGGGUUGUUUUUGUGGGGAACUUUCUGCGUAUAAACACUGUGUCGACAAAGCUUCUUGCCUAUGCUAUGGACUUCUGGUCCAAGGGCCAGCUGAGGGCCCUUUUCCUGGAACAUGAGGGAUACUUUGGAGCUGUCGGUGCUUUUCUAGAACUGCUGAAGUCGUCUGAUGAUGCAUAAAGGAAAGAAAUCAUCAGAAACUGCUUUAAGACUUCUACACAGAAGCUCCAACAGGAAAACUGGAAUACUGGGAACACUGGAAAAUUUAAAUGAAGCCAUUAUAGUAAUUAACCUGUAAAUAAUCCUUAAAAUAAGAUUCUAAACAAUAUUUUUAUGACUUAGUCUCCCUCAGACUGCCGACUGUAACUUAACCUUAUUGCUAAUUUGUUUUCUGGUUGUUUUUGUUGUUUCCAUUUUGUAAUGUUUGUACAUGUCAUUGUGUAGUGAACAGGGAGAGUUUAUUAAUGGCAAAAACCUGUUCUGUUAAAGUUUUGCUAUCCUUGUCAUGCCCACCAGGUGAGACUGUAUUCGGCAUUAACUGGUUUCUGUUUUUAGGCCUGGUUAAAUGAUGGACCUUUUAGAGGUUUUUUUGCGUUAAACUGCUGUUCAGACCCAAAAUGAUGUUUGACACACUAUUCUAGUUCAUUUUUAAGCCUCGGGUGCUAUGUUAGAUGUGUGUCGACUGACAGGGAUCCUCGUAGUAAAGAAAAGACACUGGUCUCUAUACAGCAUAGAGCAACCUUUUUUUUUUCGCUUGCCUCUUCUUUCACUCUUCCUCUUCGCUACAGUUAAGAGUUCUCCAUGCAUUUAUGCAUGAAAGUCAUUUUAAAUGGGAAUCAGUCCACUCUUAAUUAUAUCAGAAUAGUUUUUUUAAAGAUAUAUUUACAGUGAUUCACAUGAAGCCUUUACUUAUAAAAGGAUACACAGAAAGCUCAGGGUGUCACUUAUUUUUGAAAGGGAAUUCUGUGGGACCAAGUGGCCAAUUUGACAGGCACUUCAGAUAGAACGCUUCCCUAACAUCCCACAUUUUUGUCCUCUUUGUCCAGCUUUGCCUCUUUUUCAUCCUGCCUUUUCCCAUUCUUUUCCCUGUGUAAACCAAAGCUACUUCUGUCGUCUUUUUCUGGAUGCACACAGUUAUAUGCAUAUACCUCCUCUUUGGUUGCCUUUCUUUCAUCUAGAAUGGUACUAGAGUACUCAGAGUAGCCGUGUGAUUACAAAACAGAAAGAUUAAGUCAGUAUGACAGCAGUUACCCACAACUCCCCAUUCCUCAGUAUUCAAAUUUCAAACAUGUUUAGACAGUUCUAAGACUCAGCCAUUGUGUUUCCAUUGUAGUGCCAAAGUGAGACUGGGAGAAGUCAAACCAGACAGCCUGCCAAUGCCAGCAUUCCUGCUUUGCCAGGCCAUGUACCACAUUACUUCUCCUAAAAGUUACCUAGCAUUAGAGUAUUUCUAAGAUCCUUCUAAGUCCAUUGUCAAUUAAAAAUAAAAACACCACUCCCUUACUAGUAAACUCUGUUGUUCAAUUCUCCUUGCUGUCUUUCUUGCCUUCUAUGUGAUUGAUCUGUUCUUUUAACCUCUGUGGCUGUUUUUAGGUUGUGUUUUUAUUUUAUUUUAACUUUUUUGUUACUUCAAAUCUAAAUUCGAUUUUGGGGACCUCACAUGUCAACCGCAGUAUUUUAAACCCCUCAUUCUAAACUAGGAUGCUCUUUUUGUUUGUAUACCAAACAGUGUAUCAGUAUGAGAGCUGAAUGCUGAAUGGAUAAUUAACAUCGAUGAAGAUUGUAUAUUAAUGGUAUUGACAAAAUGUUCUUGCCACAACCUUAGUAAGAUGCAAGUAUGAGCAUGUUUCCUCAAGUGUUCAAGCCUGUGUGACUGCACUGCACAAUUCUAUGCUAUACUUAAAGCUGUCAUUCAUUGUGCAUUAGACUUGAAUCCACAAAAUACAGCUUCAUGUUUUGCAAACAUUUGUAAGGUUUGAAGUAACUUUUGUUGUCAUACUAGUAAGCAACAAAACCAGCUGCCAGUUACAGCAGUUUUGUUUAGUAAAGAAACUGCACAGACGCUUAAGUUUCAAAGCUGUAUUAGUCUAUAUCAUAGACGGUUGUACUAAUACAAAUCCUUAUAGAGAUCAUUUUAAUGUAUAUGGUUCUCUUCCUCUGAAAGGUGACCUUUCACUCCUUUUGCUAUGCAGUAAAGUCAGUUCAGCUAAAUGUUGUUUGCUAAAAGCAGCUUGGUUGAGAGAGUUAGAAACUAGCUGCUCGUGUCCUGUUCGCCACUUUUGUCAGUAACACUGUUAUAAAGAGUGAAAAGGGGCUUUUGACACAUUAUUGUUCUUUUUCUGUACCUGGGUGUUUUCUUUUAAUUCCUACUGACAUUUUUAAACAAAUUAUACUUUGAGUUGCUUGUUUGAUGCUUCUUUAAUGGAUACUUUGUGCUGUUAUAUUCAAUUGUACAAACCUAAAUAUUCCUGUCUUUGUUUUUCACCUCUCAGAUGUCAUUAAAGCCACACUGUUGAAAUUUGUGGCUUUGUUAAGAAAAUAUGAGAGAUUUGAUGUCUGCGAUUCACUGGGUUUGAUUGGAUGCUAUUAUGCAUAGACUCAAGAAAGGACAAUUUAAAGAAUAAUAAAGUUUAAAAACAAACAAAAAAAA